AUGAUCCUUUACAAGACGAACUUCUUGCUCUCGAUUUUCAACUUGAUGAAUGCGAUCCUUGGCUCUGGAAUUCUUGGUUUGGCUUAUGCUGUCAAAUCGCUUGGAAUUCUCCUUUACAUUAUCAUGCUUAUGGGAGUCGCUGGAAUGGCCUUCUACGCCAUUACUCUUCUUCUUAACAUGUGUCAAAUUACUGGUUACCGAUCUUACGAACAAAUCGCCGAAGCAGCUUACGGUGCGCGCGGAAAGCUAGUUGCUGUUAUUUGCAUUUCCGUUCACACUCUUGGUGCUAUGGUCAGCUUCUUGUUCAUCUGCAAAUACGAACUCCCUCCAGUCGUUAAAAUGUUCCUUGGAAUCGACCCUUGUGUGGACACUUGGUACACCAAUGGUGAUGUUCUUACCGCCAUGGUUGUUUUGUUCAUUGUUGGUCCACUCGCUGCUGCUAAGGAUAUCUCCUUCUUGGGAUACACUUCUGGUUUUGCCAUGGGCUGCAUGAUUUUCUGCACGGUUCUUAUCGUCCUCCAGUCUUCCGGAAUCCCAUGCCCACUUGAGCCAAGCAUGCCAGACGGUUAUUGGCAGUUCAUGUUUCAGAAAGCGGAAGAAGAGUGUGGCGCUGAUUGGGGAGAGCUUACAAAGGAGUCCUAUCUUGCGGAUAAAUACGACGAAGAUUUGCUUGCCAAUUUCCGAAGCAAUGAAAACUUUGUUCUUCAGAACGAAUCGUGCUCGCUCGCUGACCCUAUCGCUGAAUUUUACCACGAGGUUCCGACUCAGAGCUGCACCUCUGAAUGGAUUUCUCUCACUCUUCGAUCUGCGUACGCCAUCCCCACCAUGGUCUUUGCCUUCCAAUGCCACGCCUCUGUCUUGCCAAUUUACGCCGAGCUCAAACAGCCAUCAAAGAAGAAGAUGCAGUACGUUUCCACGAUUUCAAUCGGUCUCGUUUUCAUCAUGUACUUGCUUGCUUCUCUCUUCGGCUAUUUGACAUUCAAGAACGCUACUGGUCCAGAACUCUUCGUCAUGUACUCAGGAUACAUGCCUGACGAUCGUCUUAUCCUUUUCGGUCGUUUGAUGGUCCUCAUUUGUGUUAUUUUCUCAGCUCCUCUUCUCCAUUACCCAUGCAGAAAAGCUCUUAUCGUCGGAAUCUGGGGCCCAGAGUACAUGCCCGGCGGAAAAGACUUCAAAUGGUUGAUCUGGCUCGGAACUAUGACUUUUAUUUUGACUGCAGUUGUAUUGAUGGUCAUCUUCGUCCCUGGAAUCAAGGUCGUCUUUGGUUUGGCUGGUGCUACUGUCGCUACAAUGCUGGUCAUCAUCAUGCCUGCUGGAUUUUACUACAAGCUCGGCCCAGAGCCAAAGGACUCCACAACGAAGCGAAUCAACUACGCAGUCGUCAUCGCUGGCUUUAUCUUCGUCAUCUUCUCCGUCUCUCUCCUUGUCUAUGACAUGAUCAAGCCUAAGCACGAAGAGCACGCUUGCAGCAUCAUGCUGGACAGCUUGAAAGCCGGUGAAGCUCACUGA